AUGGGAGCUAUUCUCAAAAAACCAUCUUCUGAUUCCGUCCAUACAACGCCCUCAAUAACAUCGCCCACUCUUAGGCGAUCCAUAAAUUCUUCCAUGAGUCUUGACUAUGAUUUCUGUCGUCGAACUUACUGGCUAUGUUCCGAAUGCGGAAAUCCGAGAACUGGUUACAGCUGGUGUCAAUCCUGCGAAGCCAACCGUUUCGAAUCUGAAUUUCCGCAUUGGACUAGCGGUAACAUUGAUAUUGAUGAUUUUAUAAGGCAAUCACAGAAAAAUGCUUAUACUGCUCAAGAUUAUUUGGAAUGGAUACCUUAUGAAAGUUUUGUGGAUGUCAAGUAUUUGGCUAGUGGUGGAUAUGGAAAUGUGUACACAGCUUAUUGGAAAGAAGGGCCAAGGUGGGCGUGGAAUGAACAAAAGAUGGAGAGGGUAAGAAUUGGUCCAAGAAAAGUGGUAUUGAAAAGUUUGGUUAAUUCACAAGAUAUUACAUUGGAUUUUUUGAACGAGUUAGCAUUACACCAUAUCUGUAAUGCAGAUGGUCAUGUAAUAUUCUGUUACGGUGUCUCUCAAGAUCCAAUCACUAAAAACUAUUUACUCGUAAUGGAUUACGCUAAAAGUUUUUACAAACAUGUAGUUAAACCUUCACAACAUAUAUCAUGGAAAAAAAAAUUAGAGAUACUUUACGAUCUUAUAAUAGCACUUUCUUCGUUACACAACAAAAAUAUAAUUCAUAGAAAUUUUCAUCCGGGUAAUAUAUUUUUGGAUGCAAAGCAUCCAGGAUUUACUCGUAUUUCAGAUAUAGAUAUUUUGGAAGACUGGUUAGAUCAAUUAAUGAACGACAAUAAUAAUGAAUCGACGAUUAGGAAAGAGUUCUCGACGGCUGAAGAGCAUAGAAAAAAGGGUAAUGGAUCACUGCCAUCACCGACGGUACAUCCACUGUCUAUAUAUACGAGUAGAUUAUUGGAAUUUCCAAAUUUAAGUGAAGAAUUCAGUAAAUCAUAA